GCCAGCCAUGGCGGCCGACCCGGAGCCGCUCGAGUUCCACGCUAAGCGGCCCUGGCGCCCGACAGGGGCGGUGGAAGACCCGGAUGAGGAGGGCGAGGAGGACGGCGAGGAAGCCGAGGAUGGCUUCUCCCUUGAGGAAGUGUUACGCCUCGGGGGCACCAAGCAAGAUUAUCUUAUGCUGGCUACUUUGGAUGAGAAAGAGGAAGUGGUGGAUGGAGGCAAAAAAGGAGCAAUUGAUGACCUCCAGCAAGGAGAACUGGAGGCAUUCAUCCAAAAUCUUAAUUUGGCCAAAUACGCGAAAUCUUUAAUUGAAGAGGAACCAGCUGAAAAAGACAACGUCGGCAAAAAAGAAGUAAAAACACCUAAAGUAGAUAAUAAAAAGCAAAAUGCAGCAGAAAGUAAAAUGACAUCAGCAAGCAAGGGGAAAAAUAAGAGCAAGCCGGAACAGCAUUCUGGUAACAGCAGUGCCGUACCAAAAGUAAAGAAAGAUAAGCAACUGGAUAUCUUUGAAUUUUUUGAGAGGCCGACGCUGCUGUUCAAGCCUGGAGGCAAAUGGUAUGACCUGGAGUACAGCAGAGAGUAUUCUCUGGAUCCCCAGCCUCGUGAUACAGUGUCCAAGUACAAGACACUGGCCCAGAAGCUGUAUGAGCAUGAAGUCGGCUUAUUCAAAAGCAAGACAAAUAAUCAAAAGGGGGCCUCUUCGACCUGGAUGAAGGCGAUUGUGUCCUCAGGGACACUGGGUGACCGGAUGGCAGCCAUGAUUCUUCUCAUCCAGGAUGACGCUGUUCACACACUCCAGUUCGUAGAAACUCUCGUGAACCUUGUUAAAAAGAAGGGCAGCAAGCAGCACUGCCUCAUGGCUCUGGAUACUUUCAAGGAGUUACUCAUUACGGACCUUCUGCCAGACAAUCGGAAGCUGCGCGUUUUCAGCCAGCAUCCUUUCAACAAACUGGAACGGCUGUCUAGUGGCAACAAGGACGCCAGAGACAGGAGGCUGAUUUUAUGGUAUUUUGAACACCAGCUGAAACACUUAGUAGCAGAAUUCGUGCAGGUCUUGGAAACUUUAAGCCAUGACUCACUGGUAGCCACUAAAACCCGAGCCCUGGUCGCUGCUCAUGAGCUUCUGUGUAAUAAACCUGAGGAAGAAAAGGCUCUUCUUGUGCAGGUGGUAAACAAGCUGGGAGAUCCUCAGAACAAAAUUGCCACGAAAGCCUCCCAUCUCUUAGAGGUUUUACUCUCUAAACAUCCCAAUAUGAAGGGAGUUGUGUGUGGAGAAGUGGAAAGGCUACUUUUUCGAGCAAACAUCAGUGCCAAAGCUCAGUAUUAUGCAAUUUGCUUUUUAAAUCAAAUGGUCCUCUCCCAUGAAGAAAGUGAAUUGGCUAACAAAUUAAUAACUCUUUAUUUUUGCUUUUUUCGGACUUGUAUCAAGAAAAAAGACAUUGACUCAAAAAUGCUGAGCGCCAUUUUAACGGGUGUAAAUAGAGCAUACCCUUACUCUCAGACUGGUGAUGACAAAGUGCGGGAGCAGGUGGAUACGUUAUUUAAGGUGUUGCACGCGGUCAAUUUCAGUACCAGCGUGCAGGCUUUGAUGUUACUUUUCCAAGUAAUGAACUCUCAGCAGACGAUCUCUGACCGCUACUACGCAGCCCUGUACAGAAAGAUGUUGGAUCCAGGGUUGAUGAUGUGUUCCAAGCAAGCUAUGUUUCUUAACCUUGUCUACAAAUCUCUAAAGGCUGACAUCGUGUUGCGCCGUGUGAAGGCUUUUGUGAAGAGGUUACUUCAAGUUACUUGUACACAGAUGCCGCCAUUCAUAUGUGGAGCAUUAUAUCUUGUGUCUGAGAUCCUUAAAGCAAAACCAGAUUUACGAAGUCAACUAGAAGAUCAUCCGGAGUCGGAUGAAGAAAACUUUGUUGACAUCGGAGAGGACGGCGAUGACAUAGAAAGAGUCACUGGUGCGGACAGAGCAGCUGAGGUGGGAGCAGUGAAAGCCCCGCAGACAGAAGAUGCCAUGUCCGGAAGUGACGCUGAAACCAAGAAACCCAACCCUGCUUCCUGGGUACACCUAGAGAAUUUGAAAGGUGGCAAGCAGUUACACAUAUAUGAUCCAUUCAGUAGAAAUCCUUUGUUCUGUGGAGCUGAAAAUACAAGCUUUUGGGAACUCCAAAAGUUAUCUAAACAUUUUCAUCCCUCGGUAGCCCUUUUUGCCAAGACUAUCCUUGAGGGAAAUUACAUUCAGUAUUCAGGGGACCCACUUCAGGAUUUCACACUAAUGAGAUUCUUGGAUCGAUUUGUAUACCGAAAUCCAAAGCCACAUAAAGGCAAAGAGAAUACUGACAGUGUUGUGAUGCAGCCAAAAAGGAAACAUUUUACAAAGAAUGUUCGUAAUCUUGCAGUGAAUAGUAAAGAGUUCCUUGCAAAAGAAGAAAGCCAAAUACCAGUGGAUGAAGUGUUUUUCCACAGGUAUUAUAAAAAAGUUGCCGUAAAAGAGAAACAGAAACGGAAUGCAGAUGAAGAAAGCAUAGAAGAUGUUGAUGAUGAGGAAUUUGAAAAGAUGAUUGACACAUUUGAGGAUGAUAACUGCUUUACUUCUGGAAAGGAUGAUCUUGAUUUUGCCAGCAAUGUUAAGAAAAAAACAAAAGGAGCAAAAGAGAAUUUGGACGGCCAAGACUCAGAGAGCAGUGAAGAUGAGCUUGACAACCUAGAUGAAGAGGAAGUUUCUUUAGGAAGCCUGAGUGGUGACGAAUUUGAGAUGGACGAAGACGGGGGAACGUUCAUGGAUGUGUUAGACGACGAGAGUGAAGGUGUUCCGGAACUUGAUGAAGUCAGCUCCAAAGCCAGUAUUAAGAAAAGCAAGAGAAGGGCUGCAGAUGACUUGGAUUUUGCUGGGUCAUUUCAAGGACCAAGGAAAAAGAAGAAAAGAAACCUUAAUGACUCCAGCCUGUUUGUAGCUGCUGAAGAGUUUGGCCACCUACUGGAUGAAAAUAUGGGAUCCAAGUUUGACAACAUUGGCAUGAAUGCCAUGGCUAACAAGGACAAUGCAAGUUUCAAACAGCUCAGAUGGGAGGCUGAACGAGAUGACUGGCUACACAACAGAGAUGCAAAAAGUAUCAUCAAGAAAAAGAAAAACUUCCAGAAGAAGAGGUGGAAAACAACUCAGAACCUCAAAAAGCAAAGGAAAUAAGUGCUUUAUCCUAAAUUAUAAAUUAAUAUCCUACUUACCCUAUUUUUUGCUAUCCAACCAUUUUUCUUGAUCUUGUUCUCUGAUUCCAUACAUUCCAGACUGUUCAAUGGAUUUAUAAUAGACUGUAAAAAAAUUGUCAUUCAUAAAAUCAUACAAAAAUGGUUAAAAAUAAACUACUGAAGAAAUCAUUUUUCAUAU